AUGGGCAGUGUAUCGAGCUACCCAAGCCAAGAUCUGCUCCAAGGGGAUAUGCCUGAGACCAAAAAAGGCGGGCCUUUCGCGGAGAUUGUCGAGUCAGACAUCUUGGUGAACUGCAUUUAUUUGAGCGAGCUGAUCCCGCCCUUUAUCAACAAGGAAUCCCUCUCAUCACCGAAAAAGCAAUCUCCUACACUCCCUGUCCCGGGGUAUGAGAACCCUCCGCUGUGCGUGAUCAGCAUGGACCACCUACCUUCGUUGUUGCCAAGGGAAGAUAGCGAGGCGGUCUCCCAAGCUUUGCUGCCGAAUCUGCUUCAGUUGAAGGAAAGGAAGAAUGCGAGAGAGUGGAAGCAGGCAGAGGAGUCGUUCAAUGAGAAGGUGGGCACAUUGCCAGAAGCUAUGAGGGGUGCCUGGAAGAGAAUCACCGGCACGCAGCCCGAGGUAAAUGGAUCGACGUAG